CUCUGCUAAUGCUGCCGCUGCUGACAGUCGUGAUAACCAAAGCACGCCAGAGCCUCGUGUACAAAUUACCAUCAGUCCACCGCCAGUUUACCCAGAAGAAGAAAGGGAACUUUACGAGAAUGGAUCGAGCGAGCCAAGAUACAGCUCUAUACAACAGGUGCAAGGUUCAUUGAACAGAGAAAACAGUUUCACACUAAUUGAAAAUGGUAUUGCUCAAAGUUUGGUAAGCCCAGAGCAACGUUCAGGUCGAAAUUCUCGCAUAUCUCAAGGCCGUUCGAUUAUUGUGCUGCCAAAAGACUGCGUUAUUGUGCACACAGGCUCAAAGAAGUCACGACAAUCGCGACAUUCACGGCGUAGCACGUAUGGAGAGAGCAGCACGCACGGUGAAAACAACAUGCUCGAGAUGGGAGUAAUGAACGAUGCCGGACCAACAUCAGACGAUAAUAGAAGUCUUUACUCUUGGGAAAGCUUUUCGUCUUGCUACAGAACCAGCACAGAUGAAGAUUAUGUCUCCGGAAGCAAUCGAAUCAACUGGGAAGAUGAUUCCUUAUACGAAGAGCCUGAUAAAGUGAUUCAUAAUAUAAAAUCGCCCGGAAAAUCGUUUGGACUAGAAAGACUUUUUGCACUACAAGAAUCAAUGAUAAACGCCGAAAAUGAUAAUGAGAACACUGCUAGUGCGAACACAGAAUAUGCUAAUCAGAACGUUGAUAACAACAGGGAGUAUCCUAACGAGAAGGUGAGAUAUGUAAAUGAGAAUGCCGGGUAUCUUAGUGAAAAUGAAAAUGACGCGGCUGACAUCGUAAGUUAUACAAAUCAGGAUGUUUCACAACAAAAUAAUGAUCACAUUGAUGAGGAACAUAUCUAUGAAUCUGCCGAAAGUUUCAGGAGGGACCGCAAUUUGGCCUAUUAUGAAAACGCGUAUGACUUGCCCGAGGACGCCCUCGCAAAGUGUCUUGGGAAACCAAACAAAUUUGCGCUCAAGCAUGUGUUCCACGAAGAAAAUACGGAAAAUUACGAGGGCGAGCCGAGCCUGAAUUUAGGGUUGGAAUUUGUGAACAACAAUGAAGCCAUGCUAGAAGGAGAAGAUGUCAAAUUAAGGCCGACAAGACGAAGUACUUUGUAUUUACAUCAGGUGAAUGAUAACAGUGAUAAUUCAGCUUCAAGUUGUUAAUUAUUUUUGUCAUAUUGCUUUAAGUUCUUCAUCUCACAUGAAAAAAGUGAAGAACAAAUUGACUCUUAAAACCUGGCAUCUAAUGUCAAUGGAAGGGUGAUAUUUAUAAGUUUUUUUCCGCAUUCCGGGAAGUCGUUUCUAGCGACAACAAAGACCGCAAAUAUACGCAAAUUUAUUCAUUUUUGAAAAACCAACCUCCUACUAAAUUUGUGUAUAAGAAAUACACGCUAUAUAUCUCCAUAUUUAGUAGGUAUAAGAAAGUAUAUGGUAAAACAGUCCAAUUAAUAUAUUAUC